UGGUCUGUUCCUAAAUCCAUCAGUUCUCUUUAGUGUUUGCCAAUGUUGGAGGUGUAACUGGGGUCUGGCCCUGGACAAAGGUAUAGAGCAUGGCUCAAGUGAAAGUGCAGACCACAACGCCCCUGGCUGGCCCUGGCUUCUCCCCCCUGUCUCCCCUCGGGGCCAUGCCCAGUCCAGGACCCUUGGGUCUACAGCCCUCAGUCAAUGGCCCUGGACCCACCCCCGGCUGCCCCGCUCCCUCAGCCGGGUAUGGGCCCGACACCCCUGUGUCUGCCAACUCACCAGGCCCACCCCAGGAGAACAUGGCAAACCCUAAAGAGAAAACUCCCAUGUGUCUGGUGAAUGAGUUAGCCCGUUUCAACAGGAUCCAACCGCAGUACAAGCUGCUCAACGAGAGAGGCCCUGCACACGCUAAGAUCUUUACAGUGCAGCUGUGUCUGGAGGAGCAGGUGUGGGAGGCGGAGGGCACCAGCAUCAAGAAGGCUCAGCACUCCACCGCCUGCCUUGCCCUCACUGAGAGCCUUCUGCCCAGGCCCGCUCCUCGCUCUCCUACAAUGGACGUCAACAGCAACCCAGGUAGUAUCACCCCUACGGUGGAGCUGAAUGGUCUGGCUAUGAAGAGAGGUGAGCCAGCCAUCUACCGUCCCCUGGACCCCAAGCCCAUGCCCAACUACAGAGCCAACUAUAACUUCAGAGGCAUGUUCAACCAAAGGUACCACUACCCAGUUCCAAAGAUCUUCUAUGUCCAGUUGUCUGUGGGCACUAAUGAGUUUAUUGGAGAGGGCCGGACUCGCCAGGCAGCCCGUCACAACGCCGCCAUGAAGGCCCUGCAAGCCCUCCGCAAUGAACCCAUACCUGAACGACCACCUCAGAGCCCCGAGGAGCAGAAGGAGCUGGAUGAGGGGAGUGAUGCCUCUAAGUCAGAAAUCAGUCUGGUUUACGAGAUAGCCCUCAAGAGGAACCUGUCUGUCUGCUUCGAGGUCUUGAAGGAAAGCGGUCCCCCUCACAUGAAGAGCUUCCUGACCCGUGUGUCUGUGGGGGAGUUCUCAGCAGAGGGCGAGGGCAACAGUAAGAAGCUGUCUAAGAAGAGGGCUGCUCUCUCCAUUCUCCAGGACCUCAAGAAACUCCCCUUCACCCCGUUAGUGGAGAAACCCAAACUACAUUACAAGAAACGCCCCAAGACCAUCCUCAAGACAGGUCCUGAUUAUGGUCAGGGGAUGAACCCCAUCAGUAGACUGGCUCAGAUACAACAGGCCAAGAAGGAGAAGGAACCAGAAUACCUCUUGCUGUCUGAGAGAGGCAUGCCCCGACGCAGGGAGUUCAUCAUGCAGUCUGUGCAGGUGAAGGUGUGUGGCGAGGUAGCCACGGGAACAGGGCCAAAUAAGAAGGUGGCGAAGCGGAAUGCUGCCGAGGCCAUGCUACUGCAGCUGGGAUACAAGGCCUCCACCUGCCCACAGAGCCCUACUGAGAUGGACGACAAAGGCUGGAACGGACAAAAGGCGGCUUUUAACGAAACUACGACUAACACCCAGAAGGGUCUACUCCACCUCUCCCCGGACGUCUAUCAAGAGAUGGAGGCGAGCAGGAAACAGGGGGCCCCCGUUAACUACCUAACCCCGAAACUAUCUGACCCCCUGGUCGUCCCUCUGUCCCCUGGACACACACCCUACUACAGCCCCCCCGCGGUUGCCACGGCAGCCAUGGCGAGGGAGCUGUUGAUGAAUGGGCCAGGAGAGGGGAGGUCUGGGGAGAACAUAGGACUGAAGGGGAAGAGCUCUGUCCAGCCCUCACAGCAACUAGAGUACCUGGCUCAAAUACAAGGCUUCCAGGUGCUGUACAGCGAUGGUCAGAAUGGUAGAGAGUUCAUGACCUACCUGACACUCUCACCUGUACAGAUGACUUUCCACGGCAUCGGGAGCUCCAUCGAAGCCAGCCACGACCAGGCUGCUCUAAGUGCCUUGAAACAGCUGUCGGAACAGGGACUGGACACGGUGGACUGCCCUAAAAGAGCAGCGAGGUGUGUGUCAGAGAGGACGGACACUGAACAGACUAACUCAGGCACCACCCACCACUCAGGUCGCCGUGGAUACAACAGGCUGUCGUCAAGGAGAUGACCCCUGACUCUUUCCCCCCCGUCACCUACGACCCCUAUCCCCACCCCUCCCACCCCCCACCCCACGACCGCCGCUGCAUCCUAGCAACAACCUGGAACAACAUGCAACAGAGUGUGUGGAUGUGUACCGAGAAAGGAAAAAAAUGAAAUAACCGACUAACUAGAAAAAAAAGGGGAAAAACCUGAGUCUCUAUGUGAAGACAACACUAUUCUAACACAUUACAUGUAUUGAUCAUUUACGAGGAAUUUAAAUUUUAAAAAUAAAUACAAAUAUAUAUAUAUAUAAUAAUAAACAAAAACUAGAUUGAGUAUAAACACCUAGAUUUUCCCUGUUGGAUAGAUGUGUAUUGAAAUGGGUCAAACCUCCAAUAAAGUUGGAUAGAUGUGUAAUGAUAUGGGUCAAACCCCCAAUAUGUAUAUCAGUGCCAUGAAGACAGAGGCAACAUUAUAGGGGGGGUGGGUGUGGGGGGUGGGGGGGGGGGACAAGGUUGUGUAGCUUAUUUUCCAAGGGGUAAUUUUGUUUCUGUUUAUUCAUCUAACAAUGCUUGAGUACUGACUGUAUUAUAAAAUUAGCCAAUAGCAGUGCUGUGAAAGUUGUAGCAGUUGUCUUCUCAUACAGUAAUAUUCACCCAGCUUAUCUUUCAUGCUGAUAUUAAUAAAAACAAACCAAAAAAAAAUAUUAUAUUAUAUUACUUUAAUCAUCUAUCUAUAUGGAUGUGAAUGACUUGCAGAAAUAUCAUAUGCACAGAAAAUGGUUUCUUCACGUGGACAAAAAGGCCAUCCUGACUGGUGUUUAGCAUUAAGCAAUAGAGAUAGCAGGCAGGGUGAGGGUCUAUUCAAUUGGAAGUCAGUCAAAUUCAGGAAGGGAUUUGAAGUUAAAACUUUUGUAUUUUUUAAAAAUGUAUAAAUAGCUAAUUUUCAAUUAAUUAAGAAAUCAACGAAAAUGGAUGCCAUUUUGUUCAUUAAUUGAAUUGCAAUUUCAGUUUAUUUCCUGAAUUGACUGACCUCAAUUUGAAUUGAGCCCAACUCUGCUAUCAGGUGACUGUGAUGUGGUUAGGAGGAAGCAGCAGGUUGGGCCAACCUCUCUGGGUCCUGCAGAGGGGCUAGGUUGGGCCAACCUCUCUGGGUCCUGCAGAGGGGCUAGGUUGGGCCAACCUCUCUGGGUCCUGCAGAGGGGCUAGGUUGGGCCAACCUCUCUGGGUCCUGCAGAGGGGCUAGGUUGGGCCAACCUCUCUGGGUCCUGCAGAGGGGCUAGGAUGGGCCAACCUCUCUGGGUCCUGCAGAGGGAUAUACUAUGAAGCAGGAUCAAGGAAUUAGCCAGACAGAAAUAACAGAUUUUCUGAUUCAUUAAAAAAGCUCAACUUUAUAUGAGUUGUUGGUUGUUGAAGCAAUCAAGACCAAUUAAGAAUGUUUCUGCAAGUUAGCUGGCAAACUCCUUGAUCCUAAUUUGUAGUAUACCCCCUUGGUCUACCUGACCUCGUGUAAGGACACAACACCACAGACAGUAUCAUUAGAAUGGGUUCUUGUCACCAGAGAGGUAGAGUUUGGCAGCCAUGUUGGUAAGGACCUAAAAGCAUAAUAAGCCACCCCUGUAAAGUGUGUAAUGUAACAAGCCCACUCACCUACCAUAGAGGCUGCCUACCUUUCUAGAAUGCAUAGUAGCAUAGAGUAUUCUGGAAUGGACAAGGUGUUCUAGAAUACACCUAAUGGGUUCUAGAAAGGACACCAUGUUGUUGAUUAUAAUGAUGACGUGGCAUUUAGUGACUGAAAGUCUCUAAUAGACCAGUGAUUCCAUGUUUGUGGAUUUUCCCCCUUCUCUUCCCUCCACAGUUAAGUCGAUUACAUCUACACCCAUUGUGUGUGUUAUAUUGGCCCGGCCACCAAGGCAUCAACUGGGUGCUUUUAAUCUGUGCAUUCUGAACCCUAUGGGCAAAAGAUGUUGAAAAGAAACUGAAAAUAUGUUUAAAAGAUGCUUAAAUACAUAUUUUAUAUUGAAAAGACGUCUUUUCGACAUCUUGUGCUCACUGGGAAUCAUCUCUGAAGUGGCGAAACCAUCCAGCCAUUAAUUAGCAGGGUUUCACCCAUUCAGAGAUCACUUGAAUCUAGGGUUGCGAAAUUCCGGUAACUCUCCCAAAAUUACCCGGUUUCCCAGAAAUCCUGGUAGUGAGACCAGGAAUCGUCCAACCAGGAUUUCUGGGAAACCACUGGGAUUAUUAAUAUUUUUGUUGUUGUGGAAAAAUGAUCCUAAUUUUGCAACCCGACUUGGAGCACUUGUUCACUGACAUGGAGGAUGUGGGAGGAGCAACGUGUUAUAAGUAAAGUCACCUCGGUUCAUGUUGA